AUGUCUGAACUAUUCAAGGACAUCCCAGAGUUUGUAGAGACCGAAGUAGGCGAGGCGGUCACUGCCCGUACAGAGACGCUCGCAUCCUUCCGUGAGCUUGGCCCGCCCGACCUCUGCCACGUCGUCAAGUCGCACGGUCCGAAGGGCGCCCAGAAGGACGUCGGGAGCUAUCACUACUGUUCCGGCGUGGAAGCGUCUUCGUCGGCAUCCCUUGCGGCAUACAUCAACAGCCUCCAGUUCCACGUUGACGAGGCGCAAGCAUGGUUUGGCGGAAAGACCAACGGCUGGCGCGUCCGGAUGGGCACCUACUGGUCAGAACCUCGCCAACUGCGCGCCUGCUUUAACGCGUUUUCUCGCGUCGACAUUCGCGUUGAGGCGCGCAUUCCCGGUGGCGUGGACGCGUACGUCGUCGACCUGCGCGGUGAGCGGCAUGAGGCGACACCAGAGCUGUGGCUCGAGACCUACCUCUCUGCCCUCCUCCGCUCCAUCCUCUAUGCCGACGACGCCUCCUACCGUCUGGCAGGAUACCGCAAGCUCGACCCGAUCACGACCGUCGAUGGCGAGGUGCGCUUCCUGAAGGCGGCCGAGGAGCUCUCUUCAAGGCUGGGAUCCGACCCCGAGGUGCAGGUGGCCACGACGGCGUCCAACCACCUCACUGCUGGUGUCCUCAAGUACUUUUCCGACUCGUUCCGCCUCGAGCGUGCAGCCAACCUCUUUGAGCGCAUGUACGCUCGCGAGCCCGAGGUCGCAGCGCUAGUAGCCAAGAGCUACAUUGGAAUGAACGAGGAGAUCAAGGCUGUCCAGAUCAUGCACUCGGCACUGCAAAAGGCUCCCCAGAGCUACCCUAUUCUUCUCGCGCAGGUCGAUUUCCUCUUGUCCAAGGGUAAGGCCGAGUGGGCGCUGCAAGUCGCUCAGCAGGCCGUCAACUCUGCGCCAUCCGAGUUUCUCACAUGGGCCAAGCUGUCCGAGGCCCACAUCGAGUUGGGCCAGUUUGACAAGGCUCUUCUGACGCUCAACUCUUGCCCCAUGUUUACCUACAACGAGCGCGACCUGCACCGCUUACCGGCCCCGGCGCGCACACACCUCCCCGUCAAGAAGUUUAUCGCAGAGUCGAGCCUCUUGGACGAGGACUCUGCGCGCGACAACGAGGCCGAUGUCGCGCUCCUGCGUCUGCCCGCUCCCGGUCUUCGUGGCACGUUUGCCAAGGCGUACCACCUGCUCACAAUCCUCGUGUCCAAGGUCGGAUGGGACGAGCUGCUCAAGACCAGGAGCGCUGUCUUUGUCAUGGAGGAGGAAUGGCGCCAGCACAAGACCACGGCGUCAAUGGACGGCCCUGUGGGCAGCAUCUCGGCACCGGCCGCGGCUGGCAGGCGAGAGGAGAAUGGCCAUGCCGACGAGGACGCGUCCACGCGCGGCAUCCACUCGCCCGACGCAGGCAGCGAUGGCGGUAUCCCCUCCAUCCGCGUCUCGAUCGACUCGGCAGCGGACGAGGCUACGCUCAAUGGCGGCAGUGCCUCUGACGCACCAGCACAAAAGGAGACAGUCGUCACCGCCCCCACUCUGGAGAAGCCCGAGUCGCUCAAGCACGCCCCAGACGAGAAUACCGACAAGGACGGCCAAGAGGGCUUUGAGGGUUCGGCAUUUUCAAACAAGCGCCUGUGCGAGCGCUGGCUUGACAACCUUUUCCUUGUUCUCUACGAGGAUCUGCGCGUGUACACUAUCUGGCGCGCGGAGAUUUCGCAUUUCCAGACCCAGCACAUGUCGUACAGCAAAACAGGCUACGAGUGGGAGAUUCUCGGCGAGCUCGCCCUGCGCAUGCACCACAAGGAGGAGGCCAAGGACGCCUUCCAGCGUUGUCUCACGGCCAAGUUUUCGUCGCGCGCCCUGUUGCGCCUGUUGGAAAUGUACUCGCUCGACGGCGACCUCAACCGGACCUUGAACGCCGCCACAAAGCUCACCGCCUACUACCACCGCUGGUACAUGGAGAGCGUGUAUCCGUCUGCCAUCGCCCACGCAAUCUACCGCCUGGGCCUGACGCACGGGCUGAGUAAGAUUGAGUACACGCUGUUGAGUAUGAACCUCCCGGAAGGUAUCUUCCAAAUCAUGCUGCAGUACCUGAAAUACGCAAAGACGUUUAGCGUCGAGGGUUCAGAGUACUAG